CUCUCUCUCUCACGCGCCCAACACGUACAAUCUUGACAUUUCCCAGAAAUCAAGGGAGGAAGAAAAGACUCAACAUCAAUUUCAUCCUUCUGAUUCUACUUUUCCUUCAAUUUCUCCAACAGUUCUUCUUGAUUUGCUUCCCCUCCCUUCCGUCUCUCGAUGGAAUCCGCGUGGUUGCUUCCUGUUGCCAGAUUUGUUGGAAUCAGGGAGCACAGGGGAAUGUGAUUCGGCUUGGCAAGUAGCUAGCUGCGAUUUGGAGCAGGAGGAAUCGUGCUCGUGAUGGCGGCCUCGGUGGCGCGAGAGCGGCCGAUGGUGCCGCUGGCGGUGCUGCUGAGGCGGGAGAUAACGAGCGAGAAGAUGGAGAGACCGGACGUGCUGCACGGGCAGGCCAGCCAGAGCAAGAAAGGCGAGGACUUUACCCUCCUCAAGACAGACUGUCGGCGCGUCCCAGGCGACCGCGACGCCGACGCAACAUUCUCCGUCUUUGCGCUAUUUGAUGGGCAUAAUGGUUCUGGGGCUGCUACUUACGCAAAGGAAAAUCUCUUGGAUAAUGUUUUAAGUGCCAUUCCUUCAGAUCUCACUAGAGAAGAGUGGUUAGCAGCACUACCAAGAGCUUUAGUUGCAGGAUUUGUAAAAACAGAUAAAGAAUUUCAAACUAAAGCGCAUUCUUCAGGAACCACUGUCACAUUUGUCAUUAUAGAUGGAUGGGUAGUUACUGUAGCAUCAGUUGGUGAUUCAAGAUGCAUUCUAGAAUCUGCUGAAGGUUCUGUUUAUUAUCUAUCAGCAGAUCAUCGGCUGGAUAGUGAUGAAGAGGAGGUUGAGCGCAUAACUGUGAGUGGAGGUGAGGUUGGGAGAUUAAAUAUCGUUGGAGGCACAGAGAUUGGCCCUCUCAGGUGUUGGCCAGGUGGCUUAUGCUUAUCAAGAUCAAUAGGUGAUAUGGAUGUCGGUGAAUUUAUUGUUCCUGUACCACAUGUUAAGCAAGUGAAGCUUUCCAAUGCUGGAGGUCGACUUAUUAUCUCAAGUGAUGGCGUCUGGGAUGCCUUGGCUUCUGAAGUGGCUCUGAAUUGCUCACGUGGCCUGCCAGCAUAUGUCGCAGCCCAUCAGAUCGUUAAAGAAGCUGUGCAAGUGAAAGGACUUAGAGAUGAUACUACUUGCAUUGUGAUUGAUAUAUUACCACCAGAAAAGAUAACUCCUGCACCACCACCCAAGAAAGCAGGAAUUGGUGUAUUUAAAAAUAUGUUUCGCCGAAAGUCUUCUGAGUCAUCAUCUCAUUCAGAUAGGGAUUUUAUUGAGCCAGAUGUCGUGGAGGAAAUAUUUGAGGAAGGAUCUGCAUUGCUGGGCCAAAGGUUAAACACAGCCUAUCCGAUUCGCAGCCUGUUCAAGCUUUUCAUAUGUGCAAUUUGCCAGAUUGAGUUGAAACCUGAUGAGGGCAUUUCUAUUCAUGGAAUCCCAUCUGUACCUAGAAAACAGCACCCGUGGGAUGGUCCAUUUCUUUGCAUAAGUUGUCAAGAGAAGAGGGAAGCUAUGGAAGGCAAAAGACUUUCAAGAGGUUCUUCGUUUAGAAAGAGUUUUGGAAGUGAGUAGGCUUCCCAUUUGUUAGUGUCAAUGGUAUUGAACUGUUGCAUGGCUCAAGCAUUAGUGCAUGCUCAGAGACAUAUGAAGCUACUUUCAGGACAAUUUUCCUUUCUCCUUUUGGGCAGAAUGGCUAUCAAGUGAAUCGCAGCUACAGGGGCUUUCAUUUGAAUGUUUAUAUUAACAUUCUUUCCUUGAUGAAAGGUUGACAUAAGCUCUCCAUUAAUUGUAAAGCUGCAUUUGGUUGGGUGAUUUAUACGUCGGUCUUUGAAGAUGGGAGGCACUUACGCACUCAGCAUUUCAUCGCCUGGCUUAGGAAGAGCCUGAGAAGUUUUCUUCUAGAUUUGUACAUCAGUCAUGAGAGAGGUAACAUUGGAAGUAUCCAAAGCAAUCUUUUAGGAUAAAACUAGAGUAAAUUACUCCUAGUUUUCUCAACUUUACACCAGGCAAGAUCUAGAGCUUACCUGUUAGUUGAUUGAUGUCAUAGAUGAACUUGUGUUACCUGCCAUUAGAUAUUACAAGAUCUCUGGGGAUUCUUUUUCUCGACCGAAAUUAACAAAUUGAUUCGUUGGAUUUUUUUUUUCCC